GAAAAGAAAACAGAGAAUUAACUAGGAUUGUUUGAAAUCCUCUUGGAGACUAGGAGUCUUUUUCUAAUUCACAUGUGCCGUGUUGGAGACUAGUAGCGCAAUGGACAGGGGAGGGGUCAGGAUUUACACCAGGGGGGGCACUUGAGCAGGAGAGUCGGGUUAUGUCCCCCCUGCACCUGCCUGGUCUGUAUCUUAGUAUUUGGCAGGAAGACAGACUGAAAGAUGGCCCCAUAAACAGACAGCUAUACUGACAGACAAGCUCUGAGGCUGGUAAGACAGACAGACAGGAAGAUAGACAGACAGGAAGACAGGAAGACGGGUACACAGCCUAUUCCAAGUGUCAGGCAGAGAGCCAGGCAGACACCCAGUGCCGGCACAGUAGACAGCGUACGAUUCAUUGUCAUUCUAUGCAGUGUGUGAGGAAGAGACAGGGAGAAGGAAAGAAAGCAGAUACGGAAAGAAAGAAGAGGAGGAUCCCUGAGUUUGUGGCUGCUGGAGAAUCUCACUUCAUCUGCAUCCACCUCAGCCAGUACUGUGGCAAGCCCAUGCACUAAAAAACAGACUGGGAGGGAGGGGGCUGUUACUAGAAAGGAAAUACAGGUUGGAGAGGGAGAGAGAGAGGGAGGCAAGCAGAGAAACAGAGGGAGAGAGCAGGUGUCGGAAAUCCUCCCCUUCAUCUGCUUGUCAUUUACUCCUUUAUGUUCUCUCGUCGUCUGGCGAGGUGAUUGGUUUUCUGAUGCCGGCGUUCCUCUGCUCAUAGGCCCUCCACAAUCCAGAGAAAAACAAGAGGUGGGCAGACAGAGGAAAGCAAAAAAAGAUAACAUAAAAGAAAAGGUGGAGCCCCAUUCUGAUUGACUAAUUUUUCACCCCUUCCUUUUCUUAUUUGUCAAGACGGGCUGCUGUUAUUUUUUCGCUUUUUUUCUCAAAGUAAGAGAUAGCAAGAAGAAAAACACCGGCCCAAUCAAUCCCUCAUUUUCUUUGUACACAGAAUUGAACCUCUCCUUCCAUCAAUUGUUGAUUUUUCUUGCCUUGCUCUAAAGGGAUUACUUUCUCCAUAUGAGUAUAAACACUGGAAACCUCCAGAUUCCCUCUAUAUGUCCUCAUCCCCCAGUGACACAGUUUGAACCCCUCUGACUCCCCCACGGCGUCCCCCCCUCGGCUGAAGUGCUCAAACCCUGUGGUCUCAGAUCCCAAUGCCUGUGUUGACUCACUACUACAGCGAUAAUAUGGCACAGCGCUUCUGAUACCGUCUGAUUCAUUCUGUGGUGGUACAGGCAGCCAGCAGACCAUUCUCCAUGAGGAGCAGUAGAAGAUGCCGGCUCUGCCAGCACUGCUGCUGUCAAUACACUUCCUCUCCUUCCUGCUAGUCACCAUGCCGCCACGCUCCCUCAGUCAGGGCCCUUUGCUCUCCUCCGUCAGAAUGGCGGCAAUCCUGGAUGACCAGUCUGUGUGUGGGCGUGGGGAGCGUCUGGCGCUGGCCCUGGCUAGAGAGAACAUCAACAGCGUGAUGGAGGGUCCGGCUCGAGCCCGAGUGGAGGUGGACAUAUACGAGCUGCAAAAAGACUCCCAGUACGACACUACUGACACCAUGUGUCAGAUUCUACCCAAAGGCGUCGUCUCUGUGAUAGGUCCCGCCUCCAGCCCCGCCUCUGGCUCUACUGUCAGUCAUAUAUGUGGAGAGAAGGAGAUCCCUCAUGUCAAGAUUGGUCCGGAGGAAACUCCCCGCUUGCCAUACCUGCGCUUUGCCUCUGUCACUCUGUACCCUAGCAACGAGGACCUGAGUCUGGCCAUAGGAGCCAUCUUGCGUUCCUUCAGUUACCCCUCAGCCAGUCUGGUCUGCGCCAAGGCUGAGUGCCUGCUGAGAUUGGAGGAACUGGUCCGUCGCUUUCUCAUCUCUCGGGAGACGCUGUCAAUCAGGAUGCUGGAUGACAACCUGGACCCUACGCCGUUGCUGAAAGAGAUCCGUGACGACAAAGUGGCCACCAUCAUCAUCGACGCCAACGCUUCUGUCUCCUAUCUCAUCCUGAAGAAGGCGUCAGAGCUGGGGAUGACAUCAGCAUUUUACAAGUACAUCCUCACCACAAUGGACUUCCCACUCCUGAGACUGGACGACAUAGUGGAUGAGCAGUCCAACAUUGUGGGUUUCUCCAUGUUUAACACCACCCAUCCCUUCUAUUUGGAGUUCAUCAGGAGCCUCAAUCUCUCCUGGAGGGAGGGAUGUGACCUAACAUACCCCGGCCCUGCGCUCUCUUCAGCGCUGAUGUUUGAUGCGGUGCAUGUGGUGGUGGGAGCGGUAAGGGAAUUGAACCGCAGUCAGGAAAUCGGAGUGAAGCCACUCAGCUGCACCUCACCUCAGAUCUGGCAACACGGGACCAGUCUUAUGAACUACCUGCGCAUGGUGGAGUACGAUGGUUUGACAGGGCGUGUGGAGUUCAACAGCAAAGGUCAGAGGACCAACUACACCCUGCGGAUCUUGGAGAAACACCGAGGAGGCCACAAAGAGAUCGGAGUCUGGUACUCCAACAACACUCUGGCAAUGAACUCCACCAGCCUGGAUAUCAAUGUCUCAGAGACGCUGGCAAACAAGACACUCAUUGUCACCACCAUACUGGAGAACCCAUAUGUGAUGCGCAAAGACAACUACCAGGACUUCCAGGGCAACGACCAGUAUGAGGGCUUCUGUGUCGACAUGCUGAAGGAGCUGGCAGACAUCUUAAAAUUCUCCUUCAAGAUCAAGCUGGUGGAUGAUGGGCUGUAUGGGGCCCCAGAGCCCAACGGCUCUUGGACUGGCAUGGUUGGAGAGCUAAUCAACAGGAAAGCAGACCUGGCCGUAGCGGGCUUCACCAUCACGUCAGAGAGAGAGAAAGUUAUCGACUUCUCUAAGCCGUUCAUGACCCUGGGGAUCAGCAUCUUGUACAGAGUUCAACUGGGUCGGAAGCCGGGCUACUUCUCCUUCCUCGAUCCCUUCUCUCCGGCUGUCUGGCUCUUCAUGCUGCUGGCCUACCUGGCUGUCAGCUGUGUGCUCUUCCUGGCUGCAAGGCUGAGCCCCUAUGAGUGGUACAACCCUCACCCGUGUCUGCGAGAGCGCAGAGACAUGUUGGAGAACCAGUACACGCUGGGAAACAGCCUGUGGUUCCCUGUUGGAGGCUUCAUGCAGCAGGGAUCCGAGAUAAUGCCCAGAGCCCUCUCCACCAGAUGUGUCAGCGGGGUGUGGUGGGCGUUCACCCUGAUCAUCAUCUCCUCCUACACAGCCAACCUGGCAGCCUUCCUGACCGUUCAGAGGAUGGAGGUUCCCAUUGAGUCUCCGGACGACUUGGCCGACCAGACCAACAUAGAGUAUGGCACCAUCCACGGAGGGAGCACCAUGACUUUCUUCAUGAACUCACGGUACCAGACCUACCAGCGGAUGUGGAAUUACAUGAACUCCAAGCAGCCCAGUGUAUUUGUGAAAAGCACAGAGGAGGGCAUCGCCCGUGUGAUCAACUCAAAGUACGCCUUCCUGAUGGAGAGCACCAUGAACGAGUACCACCGCGGCCUCAACUGUAAUCUCACAAAGAUAGGAGGCCUGCUGGAUACCAAGGGCUACGGCAUCGGCAUGCCACUGGGGUCUCCGUUCAGAGAUGAGAUCACGCUGGCCAUCCUCCAGCUGCAGGAAAAUAACAGGCUGGAGAUACUGAAGAGGAGGUGGUGGGAGGGAGGCCAGUGCCCCAAAGAGGAGGACCACCGUGCCAAGGGUCUGGGCAUGGAGAACAUUGGGGGCAUCUUUGUGGUGCUGAUCUGUGGCCUCAUCAUUGCCGUGUUUGUGGCCAUUAUGGAGUUUGUGUGGUCGACACGCCGCUCUGCAGAGACCGAUGAGGUAUGCCCCCAUACCUGCCCUCGCCGACCCCACAGACACACCCCAGUGUCUGUCUGUCAGGAGAUGAUCACAGAGUUCAGAAACGCCGUCUCCUGUAAGAAGAGCUCCCGGAUGCGCCGCCGUCGGCCCCUCAGCAGCUCGGCAGCCCUGCGCCAUCCCACACGCAUAGCUCUGGGGGCCCCUCGGCCCCUGCGCCUGGUCCGGGAGAUGCGUCUCAGCAAUGGCAAGCUCUACAGCGGAGCUGGCCCGCUGACAGGUGGAGCUGGAGGUGGAGGAGGUGGAGGAGGUGGAGCAGGAGGCACGGGGCCUCCCGAUCUGGGUCCUGGGCCUCAGCGCAUCCUAGAUGACCCACUGGGGGCCAACACCACCCCUCCUCCACCAGCCCCUACCCCUGUGAUGCUGCCAGCCCGCAGCUGCACCCACGUGCGGAUCUGCCAGGAGUGCCGGAGGAUCCAGAGCCUGAGAUCAGGCAGCAGUAUAGGAUCAACCACGACAAGAAUACCACCUUCAUCAGCACCCCUGCCCAGGCUACCCCCACCCCCACCCCCAUCCUCAUCCAACACAGACAGUGAGGGCGGAGGGGGGCCCAGCCCAAGGCGGCUACACCACAGCCCCCCACCUCAUACCUCUCGACCCAUUCCGCCACCACAGAACAGCAACACCACAGACCUACUGGGGGACCAGGACUGAGAGCAGAAGCAAUGGGCGAGGGGAGAGGGCUGCAGGGAGCCGGAGAUGUGACUGAGGAACAUUUGUGCUGCUGAGACAAACACUGCUUGGUGAAAUUCAUGGGAGAACAAAAGAGGGAGAGACGGAGGGGAAAAAAGUUGAACUCUGUGAGGUCAGCCAAUAGAAAAUGAGACAACCUUUAAAGGGAGAACAGAGAGGGAAAACUGUGAACCUUUCUCCAGUUGGGCUUGAGGCCAACAGAUACAGUUAAGUUUCCGUAAUCAACUCCGAAGAACAAUUCAGUACGGACAAAUCUGAGUAGGAAUGCACGAUGGUUUCCAUUGGCCUCCUUUUUCCUCUCCUCACUCCCCCUCUCUCUUCACCUUUAGAUUUGAGGCCGCUGGUUUUCUUCCACAGACUCUCCCCUGGAAGCUAACUACCCCUCUAGUAAAAUGAAGCCUUGUUGGAGGACAUACUGUAUCCGUAUGUGAUUUAAAACUGCAACUAAAAGACUUCCAGAGAAUUAUUUCCUGUUGUUUUUUUCUUUUGUUGUCUUUCUUGUUUUGUUACCAUUGUUCUAAGUGGGAAUUACAGAGUUAAAUACAGACUAUGUGUGACAAUAUGGUGGAUUAUAACAUACUAAGAAACUUGACUGCGGCUAAUUGUGUUCAAGAGUUUUGUGUCCCUCCCUGUGACCCGUAGCUGCUUUUUGGAUGGUAUCAGGGAAGGUGGAACUUCAAGACAACAUAAUGCAAACGGUAGCAGAGGAAACUGUCGGCCUUUCUUUACACUGUGCGUGUGUGUACGUAAAAAAUUGUGCGUCCUGUCCGUCUGUCUGUAUCUACUCAAAGUGAGGAGAACUAUAUACCCAGCAACAGCACCCUUCUACAAAUGUUAGAUAAUCAGACUGCCACAAAAAGAUGAGAAAGAGCAAGAGGCUUUGAAAUGUGAAAUUAAUGUCCCUCGUUAUCCUGGGUAACACUUGCCAAGCCUUUACUUCUUUUUCACCUCUGUUCACACAGCGUAGAAGAGAUAGAGAGACUGGGCGAGGCAGAGCCAGAGAGGAAAGAUAGAGGAGAACAGAAAGAGAGGAUAUAGAGAGUGAAAAGGACACUACUGAAUUUGAAUGAGAAAUCCCUAACUGAACUACUUCCAUUAUUAGAUCUGUCCUGAUCUGUUAAUUCUGGGCAUCUUUUAAGGGGCUUGUUAAUGCGCCAGCAAGCUGUAGCUACAGCUUCUUCCCUUCUCUCUGUUUAACAGACAGACUUGGCCGUUCACAGUAGCGGCUCCUGCCAGAGUGAUAGACUCAACACAGCCUUGUCAAUACUGUCUCAAGCUUUUGAUCGCCUAAUUACUCCCCUCGGUGGCUGGGGACUCAUUCAGGAGGGGGUUGAACACAGGGAAACAUGCUGAUAAAUAGAUUUAGAAGAAAUACAUGUUUUUCACUCCGGCUGGAAAGGGAACCUGGUCUCUUUUAAUUAUGCAGUUAAUGUUGCAGCCGUACUGUUGUGUGAAACUCCAACUAAAGCUAAACACUGCAGUAAUUUAGCCACGGUGCUUAAUGGAAAUACACUGGUGGAUUUGCAUGUUUAAAGCCUUUAAUGUCAAGUUGUUUACACUUCAGAUUAUUGCUGAUGAUUAUUCAUAGCAUACAAUAUGUGUUUAAACCGAUUGCCAAUCUCCCUAGUCGCCGCUGCGUUUCAAUGCAAGGAGCAUUAAAGAAUAAGGCUGGUUAUUAUAUUCUUUAUUUUCUUAUUAAUAACAAAUCUGAUGAAAAGACCAAAACCAACAAGGAACUGAUUAAUUGAUCUGACUAAUGAGAAGCCAAAGGCCUCAUGUAGCUACACUAAAGAUCUGUUGCUUGGCUCGACACCUUUGAAUCCACAGUCGACCUCUUGGACUGGCAGAUGACAUAAAAAAAUUGGUUUCCUGCUGAAAAAUAAAAUGGAUCCAGUGAACUCUGUGAGGCGGGCUAAUGAUUAGUGGAUGAGCACAACGGGCAGGACUAAUGCUGUUGUCAAGCUGUGUGCUGGCGUCAAGGAGAACCAUUAACAGCAAUGGCGACUUGUCAAGAGGCAACUAUUGGUGCUGUCAUGUCUUAUUAACAUCACAGACAUCAUAGCUCAUCACUUUGCUCCCCUCCAUUAAACCCUGGUAAAACCAGUAUGUUGGCAUGGCUGUGCAUCACUAGCCGUGUUUCCAUUAAAAAAAUUUUGGGAAAUGUUGUAUUAAAGAAGUUGCUUAUUAACAAAUUAACAAAGCUGCGUUAACAUGCUUUUGUCAGAAGAUGGCAGUGUGAUGUUUGCCGUAGGUCAAUUCGUCAGUAAACAAUAGAAGAAGAGAAGAUGCAAGGAAGAAAAAAUAAUGAAAAAACAGGUUGCAGUCGGAAAACUUUGGCCACACGUGAGAGAAAAUAUGUCUUCAGGAAUCAGAUUCAUUUAAGCAAUUUAUAAUUGUUCUUUCAUGUCAGUUCGUCUUGAUUGGCGGAGCAGAAACGGCAUGUGAGUUAAAUGUUUGUUAUGUCAGAACUUAUCUGCAAAAAGCGUUUCCAUCUCCUG